GGUUGGUUUCGGAGAGAGGAGAAGAGUGUGUGUCUGCCGUUAACUAUCUAUGCCCUUUCUUUAUCCGCGUAGUUAUUUAUUCUGUUUUCUCGUCACUUGGUUUCGGACAAAUUCGUUGGCGCAUCCGAGAGCGGGAAGUCGAGGAAGACCGAGAGCGAAGGCGAGCGAUGGCGGUGGAGGAGGAGGAGGUCGGGGGUGCGAGCGCGAAGAAGGGCUCGCCGCCAUCGAAGGAGGCGGAGGUCGUCUCUGUCGAGCUGCCCGCGCCAGCCGGAUGGAAGAAGAAGUUCAUGCUGAAUGAGGAUGGAACUCCAAGAAGGAAUGAAAUUGUCUUCGUAACACCAACCGGCGAGGAAAUAAAAAAUAAGAGACGGUUACAGCAAUACUUGAAGUCUCAUCCUGGAGGCCCCUCUUCGUCUGAAUUUGACUGGGGAAGUGGUGACACCCCAAGGCGUUCGGCGAGAAUCCGAGAGAAAGUCAAGGCAGUAGAGACCCCAGAAAAUGAGAAGCCAAGAAAGCGAGAAAGGAAAUCAAGCUCAAAGAAAGGGGCAAAGGAGAAGAAAGAUGAUGGCGAUGGGUUGGAUGAAACUUCUGGGAUGAAGGACGAUGUCACCACAGGGGAAGCAGAAGCACCUACCGAUGUGGAAAUGAAAGAAUCUGGUGUUGAUGUGAACAUGGUCGAGAAUGAGGGUGUUGCUGUAGAGGUUGCAGUGAAUAGCGAUACUGAUGGGAAAGCUGUAGAUGAGGGUACCGGUGAGCAAGAUUCUGUCAAAACCAAUGGAAAUGCUCAAGAGAAAACCGAGCCUAGUUUGAAGAACGACGAUGAAGAAGCAGGACCUGAGAUGGAGAAGAACCAAGCAAACGACAAACCAGCGAAAGCCAAGGUAUCACCUUCCGCAAGCAAUCCUGAAGAGGCAUCAGCUGGGAAAGAAAUGCAGGAUAGAGAGGUUUUAUCAGGGAAUAUCAGCCACAAGGAAGACUCCAGUGCUGUAGUCUCGAAGGAUGUUCCUUCGGCGAAAUGCAGCGACGGGGAGCAUCUGCCCAGUGCCUCUCCGAUCAACUCUUGAAACUUAUGUUCAUCCGUGUUGUCUCAUUAUGUGUCUUAGUAUUUAAGUUGUAGGUGGUAAUAAAUGGGUAGUAGUUACACUCAAUUGAAGAAUUUAGUUAUGCUAAAACAUCCUGUAUGUAAUACUUGGAUGGUUUAGUGGAGGUUUUAGUAUGAAAUUGUAGCUAGUAGUAAAUGGUUAGUUACGCUAAUUCAAGUAUUGUUAGUCAUGACUGCAUAUCCUGUAUGUUACACUGGUUGGUUUAGGCUGUCAACAUGUUAGAAUGCAGUAUAAUCUGUUAACACAAA